CCCGUACCUUUCCCUUUACGCCUAGUCCCUCGUCUGUCCAGGUGCAUGCGACCUCCACUAUCCGUACUUUCUGUGCUUUUCGCAUGGGGCACUUGGGCCUUGGUACGUACGUUGUACCUUGGUACAGUCGUUCCAUUGCCCUUGCCCAUCGCAAGGCUCCAUCCACCACCACCUCGAAUUAUUCGUCCUGGCAUCUCUUAUCUCCCGGUUUUGUCCCUCCCCAACUCUUCGACUCUUGUUCUUCAACCUCCUUUGAACCCACGGAUUCCAACCCACGAACUUAUCCUCGACAUUACCAGAUUACCAGGAAUCCUGUCACUUUCCUUUGUGUACCAUCGUUUUCAAAUCUUUCUCAUCUUCUUUCUUACGUCCUAGGGCCUUUCGGUUCUCACUCUAUUUUCGCACUAUCAAAACUCGACUCUUCCCCGCCUACGCUCCGCCGUAUAUAUUUUCGUAUUCCUUUCUCUACACGCCGAGCACUGCCACUAUCCGGUCCGUCUCUUGCCAUACCGGCUGCCAACAUCAUCCCCCCUUCUAGUCCACCUUAUUGUCAGCCACGAAAACGAGCCGGUGAUCGACUGCUUCGAAGCUGAAUAAGGCGAACCUCCCACGCAUCACCACCAUCUCGACGGUCACGCUUGGCUUGUCGGAGAUCCUUAUUUCCCGUUUCUCACCACAUAUAAUACAGUGACGAUGUCUGCUUGAUCAAGGACCACGCGAGGUCCCCAGUCACUGUUGUCUA